AUGUGGACGGCAUGGUGUAUGGCUGCUCUGUGCAUGGCGGCUGUGUGUAGCAGCCUGCAAGAGACAAACACUGUCCUCCGGGUUACCAAGGAUGUGCUGACCAAAGCCAUCUCGGGCACAAUGCAGCAGAGUGAUGCCUUCCGCUCGGCCCUGAGAGAGGUGCCCAUGGGUGUUGGUGGUGUCCCCUACAAUGACUUCCAUGUCCGGGAGCGCCCCCUCCAAUACACCAAUGGCAAACAACUUGGUGGAAAUUACAGAUAUGGUCACAUUGAGACCAAUGACAACACUGCUCAGCUGGGGGGCAAAUAUCGCUAUGGUGAGAUCCUGGAGUCCGACGGCAGCAUCAGGGACCUGCCCCGUGGAGAGGACAGUACUGCCCACGGCCACCGGGGCCGGUACCGGUCUGCGGAGGAGGGCAGGCUCCGGGGGCGGCGUGAGCUGCAGCCAGGGCAGAUUCCUCCUGGUGUGGCCACUGGGGCACUGGGCCCAGGCGGCUUGCUGGGCUCUGGGGGCCUACUGGCCAAUGAGGGCAUUCUGGCGGGCCAAGGUGGCCUGCUCGGCGGAGGUGGUCUCCUUGGCGAGCAAGGCCUGCUCGGAGGUGGUGGCGUCCUGGGGAUGUUUGGUGAAGGCGGCCUCCUCAGCACCGUGCAGGGCAUCACAGGGCUGCGCAUCAUGGAGCUGACCCUGCCCCGGGUGUCCGUGCGGCUCCUGCCUGGCGUGGGUGUUUACCUGAACCUGUACACCCGCGUGGCCAUCAGUGGGAAGAGUCUCAUUGGCUUCCUGGACAUCUCAGUGGAGGUGAACAUCUCAGCCAAGGUCCGGCUGACUAUGGACCGCACCGGUUAUCCACGAUUGGUCAUCGAGAGGUGUGACACCCUGCUUGGGGGCAUCAAAGUCAAGCUGCUGCGAGGGCUUCUCCCCAACCUCGUGGACAACUUAGUUAAUCGAGUCCUGGCCAAUGUGCUCCCUGACCUGCUCUGCCCCAUUGUGGAUGUGGUGCUGGGUCUCGUCAAUGACCAGCUGGGUCUCGUGGACUCUCUGAUUCCGCUGGGCAUUCUGGGAAGCGUUCAGUAUACGUUCUCCAGCCUCCCGCUGGUGACCGGCGAGUUCCUGGAGCUGGACCUCAAUACACUGGUCUCGGAAGCAGGAGGAGAUCUCAUUGACUACCCCCUGGGCCGGCCUGAGAUCUCGCCCAGGCCACCUAUGCCGGAGCUGCCCCCCAUGGGCGACAACACCAACUCCCAGCUGGGCAUCUCGGCUAACUUCCUGGGCAAGGUGCUGACUAUGCUGCAGAAGGAAGGGGCGCUGAACAUUGACAUCAGUGACGGCAUGUUUGAUGAGCUUCCUCCACUCACCACGUCCACUCUGGGGGCCCUGAUUCCCAAGGUGUUCCAGCAGUACCCUGAGUCCCGCCCACUCACCAUCAAGAUCCAGGUCCCCAACCCCCCAACGGUGACACUGCAGAAGGACCAGGCACUGGUGAAGGUUUUUGCCACCUCUGAGGUUGUGGUCUCUCAGCCCAAUGAUGUUGAGACCACCAUCUGCCUUAUUGAUGUGGACACGGACCUCUUGGCCUCAUUUUCUGUGGAAGGGGAUAAGCUCUUGAUCGAUACCAAGCUGGACAAGGCCAACCUCAACCUCAGAACCUCAAAUGUAGGCAACUUUGAUGUGAGCCUUUUGGUGGUGCUGGUUGAGAAGAUUUUUGACUUGGCCUUUAUGCCUGCGAUGAAUACUGUGUUGGGCUCUGGGAUCCCUCUCCCCAAAAUCCUCAGCAUCGACUUCAGCAAAGCAGACAUUGAUGUCUUGGAGGACCUUCUGGUGCUGAGCACAUGAGUGACGGAGGCAGAGAUGCAGUCAGAAGGAACCAGAACCAGCCCUGGAGAGGCCUGGCCUGCACACAGUCUUCGGGCCUAGGUCUCUUCGGUGCCCAUGACAGGCCCCUGCCAGCCCUCUUCUCCACCUGUCCCCACUCUGAAAAUUGUUCCAGCCACUGCCUUGGUGAACAAUGCAUCA